AUGACGAAAGCAGAAGCGUUCUUUUUCCUGGCAGAUGCCUCUUCCCUUAUAUAUUGGGACGAGGAUUAUGGUUCAAUCACGCACGAGGAGCCCGAAAGUUUCGUACCCUACCAUUACUUCUGCAAGCCACCAAAGCAGAAAACCACCACCACAACGCCCCAGCCUACCACCACGAUGGCCACCACAACGGAAGAGCCAACGUGGAUUUGUAUGGUGUGCAUGAAGAAGUGCGGCAGUUUGAAGAGCAAA